AUGAGAGAAGUAAUAAGUAUUCAUGUAGGACAAGCCGGUAUUCAAGUUGGAAAUGCUUGCUGGGAAUUGUUUUGUUUAGAGCAUGGAAUACAGCCAGAUGGCCAAAUGCCCUCUGACAAAGCUGCCAGAGCAAACGAUGAUGCUUUUAAUACAUUUUUUUCAGAAACUGGGGCAGGAAAACAUGUACCACGUUGUGUCUUCGUUGAUUUAGAGCCAACCGUUGUAGAUGAAGUUAGAACAGGAACAUAUCGUCAGUUGUUUCACCCUGAGCAAUUAAUAUCAGGAAAGGAAGAUGCUGCAAACAAUUUUGCAAGGGGUCACUAUACCAUAGGUAAAGAAGUCAUAGAUGUAUGCCUAGACAGAAUUAGAAAACUAGCUGAUAAUUGUACAGGCUUACAAGGAUUUUUAAUGUUUAGUGCUGUUGGUGGUGGUACGGGAAGUGGUUUUGGAUGUUUAAUGUUAGAAAGAUUGUCAGUUGAUUAUGGAAAAAAAUCAAAGCUGAAUUUUUGUUGUUGGCCAUCACCACAAGUAUCAACAGCUGUCGUGGAACCAUAUAACUCAGUUCUAUCAACCCAUUCGUUAUUGGAACACACUGAUGUAGCUAUUAUGUUAGACAAUGAAGCUAUAUAUGAUAUAUGUAAAAAAAAUUUGGAUAUUGAAAGACCAACAUAUACAAAUUUAAAUAGAUUAAUAGCACAGGUGAUUUCUUCCCUAACGGCAUCCCUACGUUUUGAUGGUGCAUUAAAUGUUGAUGUAACAGAAUUUCAAACAAAUUUAGUUCCAUACCCACGUAUUCAUUUUAUGCUGUCGUCUUAUGCCCCUGUUGUUAGUGCUGAAAAAGCUUAUCAUGAACAAUUAUCAGUGUCAGAAAUUACGAAUUCAGCAUUUGAACCAGCAAAUAUGAUGGCAAAAUGUGAUCCUCGCCAUGGAAAGUAUAUGGCUUGCUGCUUAAUGUACAGAGGAGACGUUGUCCCUAAGGAUGUUAACGCAGCUGUUGCUACGAUAAAAACGAAAAGAACAAUUCAAUUUGUUGAUUGGUGUCCAACAGGAUUCAAAUGUGGAAUUAAUUAUCAACCACCUACUGUUGUUCCAGGGGGAGAUUUGGCAAAGGUUAUGAGAGCCGUCUGUAUGAUAAGUAACUCCACUGCAAUUGCUGAAGUCUUUUCAAGAAUGGAUCAGAAAUUUGAUUUAAUGUAUGCAAAGAGGGCUUUUGUUCAUUGGUAUGUAGGAGAAGGUAUGGAAGAGGGUGAAUUUAGUGAAGCCAGAGAAGACUUGGCUGCUUUGGAGAAAGACUAUGAGGAAGUUGGCAUUGAAUCCAAUGAGGGAGAAGGGGAAGACGAAGGGUAUGAAGCAGACUAUUAA